AUGGGGAGUUGUGCGUCAUUACCCGCUAAAAGAAUCGUAGCACAAAGAAGGCACCGUCGUCGUUCUCGGAAAUCCCAUCGAAAGGUUUCCAGUGCCCUAACGGAUGGACCGAUGAAACGGAAUAGUAAUGCCCGUGUAACAGACAUCGCGGUUAGCGGAUACAUGCAUAAGGAUUUCGAGAAGGGUGCAACCCUCACUCGUAGAAUAUCUGAGAUAAAUGAUUACAUGAAUCAACUGAAUUUAAGUUUUCUCCGUAACUGCUGCCAAGACGAUGCUUGGUUCGAUUCGUGUAGUAUGCUGGAAGACGAUUCCGAUGAUGACUUCAUUAGUAUUCAUGGAGGUAACCAAACAUUGAACCUCAUAUCUUUUUCUCGAGUCAUAUUCACGUACUCAUGUCCGUAUAUGCUAGAUGGUAUUCCGUCAAGUGGUAAGGUGAUUCAAUACGAAAGUUCGUCGUGCUUUGUGGAUGGCAAGCGUAAAUACGAAGAAUACCGCGAAAGUUUUUUAAAAUUCGAUCAUCCUAACGGAGGAAGCUUUAAAGGUUCCAAAGAGGAUAGGCGUAGUGAUCUGGAAGAGAAAAGCGUACGAUACGAGAAAAAGUUAUCAGUUUAUAGGCUUUCCGUUAAGCAAGGAUCAUGUGUUGCGGAAGACAGUUUCGAUGAACGUAAGUUAUUUCAUUCACCGAAACGGCUUUUAUAUCGUCCCAAAGCUGGAUCUAUAAUUCCGUGUAACAAAGAUGAUAGAGUAAAUCAAGGAUAUUGGUCCGAGAUUCCGCCCUCGACGUUUAAACUCCGAGGCGAGACUUAUUUCAAAGAUAAACAAAAGUGUCCUGCUCCGAUUUUCUCUCCAUAUGCUCCGAUAGGAGUCGACUUAUUUAUCUGCCCGAGAAAGAUACAUCACAUCGCACAACAUAUCGAGCUUCCUAAUGGAAAACCCAAUGAGAAAAUCCCUCCUCUUCUAAUUGUUAAUAUUCAAUUGCCUACUUAUCCCGCUGCAAUGUUCCUCGGUGACGCUGAUGGUGAAGGAAUGAGUCUUGUUCUUUAUUUCAAAGCUUCCGAGAAUGUCGAAACCGUCAUCUCCGAGCAAUAUCAAGAGAGCAUCAAGAAAUUUGUCGAUGACGAGAUGGAGAAGAUUAAAGGGUUCACGAAAGAGACCACCGUUCCGUUCCGAGAAAGGCUAAAGAUCAUGGCUGGAUUGGUUAAUCCUGAUGAUCUCAAUCUGAAUGCUACCGAAAAGAAACUCGUAAAUGCUUAUAACGAAAAGCCGGUUCUCUCGCGCCCUCAGCACGACUUUUAUCAGGGGCCUGAUUACUUCGAGAUCGAUUUAGACAUUCAUCGCUUCAGUUACAUAUCAAGGAAAGGACUCGAGUCAUUCAGAGAUCGUUUGAAGAACGGAAUACUUGAUCUCGGUUUAACCAUCCAGGCACAAAAACAAGAAGAGCUGCCGGAGCAAGUUUUGUGCUGUUUGAGGUUAAAUAAGAUCGAUUUUAGCGAUAACGGCCAAAUACCGACGCUUACGACCAGAGCCGAUAACUGAGGGUGGUUGUCGAUGAUGCUGGAGACGGCUCUUGA